CUGCGAGACGCGAAACGUCUUGGGUCUAGCCGAAUAUUUUUUAGGUCAUAUUCAAAUUCCGUGAUCGGAGAUGGAACAUCAAACCUGAGUUGGGUAAUGGCUACGAUGGGAUUAAUUGAGAGCCCAGAAGUGGGCAAAGCAGAGAGGAUGAUGAUGGAGGACAAGCUCACUAGUCUCCCCGAUGAAAUUCUUCAACACAUUCUCUCCUUUCUCGAUACGAAGAUGGCAGUUCAAACUAGUGUUGUGUGCAAGAGAUUGAGGUACCUCUGGGUUUCCCUUCCCGUUCUCAGCAUCGAUAGUGAGUCCUUCCGUUAUUACUCUUCCUUCUCCGAUUUCGUCCUCUCUGUUCUUUCUCGCAAGGACGCCUCUAGCAACAUUUGCAAGUUCUGGUUCGACAUAUCUAACCCCAUCUACUCUUCAAUUCAAAUGUGCAUAGAUAGCCAUGAUUUGUUUGAGCCUCUUGUGAAGAGGGUCAUCGAUCAUGUUGUCGAUCAUGGGGUUCAACAUUUGAGCUUCCAUUUUCCUCGCAUUGUGGAUGAAUUGCCCCGGCUUUUCUAUUGCCAAUCCUUGAAAACCCUUGAAUUGCUUGAAAUAAUUAUUCCGCCCAACACAAAUUUGGAUUUUCAUACCUUGACUAGUUUGCAUCUUGUGAAAUGCUCCUUUAUAUUGGAUGGGGAAGGUACCUUGGAUCCUUUUCAAUGUUGUUUCAAUUUGAAAAAUUUGGUGAUAAGUGAUUGUCGAAUUCCGUCUAGAGUUAAAAGUUUUGAAAUUUCUGCACCUCAGCUCACGAACUUGACUAUAUCAAGGAUGGAACAUGUUCGAAAUCUUAAUCCACACUGUAAGAUUGUUCUCACUUCAACAAAAAUAGCAUCUUUCAAAUUUGUUGAGUCCCACAUCCUCGAGUUCUCCAUUCCUGCACUUCCCUUCAUUGAGAGUGUGGAUGUUGAUGCUGUUCUAGCUGAUUAUCUAUUUGGUAACGAGGGAUUGGCAAAAAGAAAGUUCGUUUCUCAUUUGAUUGAAAUGCUUCGGGCAAUUGGUGGUGCAGAGAUUGUGGGGUUAUCUUUUGAAACUUUAACUAUGCUUUCCAAGUUUCCUGAUGUUCUGCGCUGCCCUUCUCUUUUUAGUAGAAUGAAGGUUUUAAAAGUUAAAGUGCCACAUGGACCCAGCUCCUUCACCAUUCCUGACAAGAUCAUAACCUCACUUUUCAGUGGUUCUCCAACUAAAGAUUUCAAGGUGGAACACCUUAAGAAGCAACAAGGAAGAGCACAAGAGAGGUUAAAUAUCUGAUUUUGGUGAAUUUAUAAGGCCAAUUUGCAGGGCAUGGAGAAUGGCUAUUUGGGUAUUACGUCGUGUUUAAUGAAGCUUACUUUGAUUAUGGGUUCAUGGGCAAGGAGUUUGGCAAGGGCGCUCUUUAUCCCUGUCUACUCGUCUUUAGUGGGGGAUGUAUUAUGACUAUGCGGCAAUUGAUGCUCGUUAGAGAUCCUUAUGGAGGAAAUUAAGGUAGGUUAUGAGGAUAAUGUAGCGUCUGAUCUUAAGUUUAUGGGAAUGGGAAGUGGAAAGGGAAAGGUAAUAUGCUUUGCUUGGAUGGAUUUUCUGGGCACAUAAGCUUGUUUGGUAUGGAAAGAGAGGUCAUAAUAGGAAAGGAAAUAAAAGCGAGAAAAAACACAAAUGGCCCUCAACUCCGCAAGAGGAGUGCACAGCAGAGGCAUUUGAUGACUCUUUCAUUGUUUCCUCAUUCUGUAUCAUGGGAAGAAAUCAAUCUAUGUAGAUUAAUAAAAUGGGCAGCAUAAU